AUGACGUCCUCUCAAGUCGUUCAUGCAUACCGAAAUCUUUACCGACAGGCUCUUAAAGCGAUUCGUUAUUCUACUCCUGCUCGCCAUGUCUUACGAUCCACCAUGCGGACUGCCUUUCGCUCAACCAACGAAUUUGAUCCCUCCAAGAUCGCCAACACAUUGCGCUUUUUGGAACGAGCUACCGAAACUCGUGGUCUGGAACAUAAAAUCCUGAGGAACAUGAUGAUAGCAAGAUAUUGGGAAGCCCCUCAGAAUGUCAAAGAGUCACGCGUGUAA